UUCGGGGAUUGUUUGGUGAGGUGCCUGGUGCAGAAGAUUAAUUUGGGGCGAGGCUACAAAAUCACAGGGAGAGCCGUUUGGUUGGAGACGUUGAAAAAGCGCGGAAGGUGAAGAAAAAUUUGCAAAAAAUGGCAAGUGGGCAGGUUUUAUUGAAUGGGGAUGACAAGCAUGCAAGGAAGGGCGUCACCGUUGUCCUGGGAGCUCAAUGGGGUGAUGAGGGCAAAGGAAAGGUCGUCGAUAUGCUGGCCACGGACAUGGACAUCGUGUCACGGUGCCAGGGAGGCAACAAUGCGGGUCACACAGUGUGUGUUAAUGGCACAGAAUAUGACUUCCAUCUACUCCCCAGUGGAAUUAUCAAUGAGAAAUGCGUGUCUGUAAUUGGUAAUGGCGUUGUCAUCCACUUGCCGGGCUUAUUUGAGGAGCUGAAGAAAAAUGAGGCAAAGGGUUUGACAAAUUGGGAGAAGCGUUUGAUUGUGUCAGAUCGUGCACAUCUUGUCUUUGAUUUCCAUCAGCAAGUUGAUGGGUUGCAAGAGGCGGAGAAGGGUGGAAAAUCUCUGGGGACAACAAAGAAGGGAAUUGGUCCAACGUACUCCAGCAAGGCAACACGCAAUGGUAUACGUGUUGGGGAUCUUUUGGGGGAUUUUGAGCUCUUCAGCGAGAAGCUACAGAGUUGCAUCUCGCUGUAUCAGCGAAUGUUCCCUGAUUUGAAUGUUGAUGUAAAGAGUGAACUGGUGCGUUAUAAGGAAUUUGCCGAGAAGCUUCGUCCACUUGUGGGUGAUACGGUCUUCUUCAUGCACAAAGCCAUUAAAGAGGGGAAGAAGGUGCUCGUUGAGGGGGCAAAUGCAGCAAUGUUGGACAUUGAUUUUGGCACGUACCCUUAUGUGACGAGUAGCAAUUGUAGUAUCGGUGGUGUCCUUACGGGACUUGGGCUUCCACCUCAGGUGAUUGGGGAUGUCAUUGGGGUCGUCAAAGCGUACACAACACGCGUGGGUGAUGGUCCAUUCCCAGCUGAGCAGUUAAAUGAAUUUGGUGACAUCCUACAGAGUCGUGGGGCUGAAAUUGGUGUAACAACAAAACGGAAAAGGCGCUGUGGAUGGUUGGAUUUGGUCCUCCUGCGUUACACAGCAAUUGUGAAUGGGUACACGCAUCUGUGCUUGACAAAACUCGACAUUCUUGACACAUUCAAGGAGAUUAAGGUCGCAAUUGGGUACAAACUCAAUGGGAAACUCCUUGAACACUUCCCUGGAUCUAUUACAGAUCUUGCAAAUGUGGAAGUUGAGUACGCCACAUUGCCAGGAUGGGAGACAUGUACGGAGAAUGUGCGAGAAUUCAGCCAGCUGCCUAAGAAUGCACAAGAUUACGUACGAUAUAUUGAGAGUGAUCUCAAGAUCCCUGUAAAAUGGGUUGGCGUAGGCAAGGGCCGAGAGUCAAUUAUUAAUGUUUAUUAAGUAAAUGAAAAAAAUUCAGGGCGGAGGCACAUUGCGCCAUUAUGGGGGCACUACGCAAAAAGACACCGUCGACAAUACACAACACACACAAGAAAAUUACCCCUAAUGGAAGGAAAUUGAUUUUAAGUAAUUAUUUUUGGCUAAAGCUUUCAAAAAAGAAACAAUAUUCGUUAAAUUCGCGAUGUUUUUUUUCUCAAUUUAUAGAAGUUUUUUAAUCUUGCUAAAAAAAAAUAUAUUGCAAUGCAUGUGGAAAUGUUAAAUGCAAAAAGAAAUAAUAAGAAGAAAUUCAUAGAGGAUUGAAGGAGAAAGGAAA